UCACUUUCGUGUUUCGCAAGAUUGUAUCAUCCAAUAGAAAAAAAAUGUGGAAUAAUCACUUACUUCCAAGCGUACUUUCCCGUCUUCUUAGCUUCGUGCCUGCUCUCUACUUCGAAAUACCUAAAGCUUCCCUAAUUCUGGUCAUACGCAAGUGGAAAUCCAAAGACCCAAGUACUCUGGCACAUUAUUGUGUUACCACUUUAUUAAAUGCCUUGACGAUCACGACAGGUUCACUUUUCACAUUGCACAGCUCACCAGAUGCAACCAUAAUGGGGACAAACGAACGUGGAGUAGCUGCCUGCAAGCUUAUUUGAUGAAUCCCCUACUUACACACCAUUUAACCUGUUCUCACCCUAAAAUAUACAACGAACGUCUUUUUGCAAUCAUCAUCAUACUCAUUCAAACAAGGGGCGGCCAUCAUUACGCUGCA